UCUCUCUGACAUACAGAGAAGCCAUGGAUUUCUUAGAAUCAGAUGAGUUUUUGUCAGUGAUCAUCCCAGUCACUGUUUAUUGGGUUUAUGCAGGGCUUUACGAAAUGUUAGGCAAUUUGGAUAAAUAUCGCCUACACUCGAAAAAAGAUGAAGAAACCAAGAACUUGGUUCCCAAACGGGAGGUCAUCAAAGGAGUACUACUUCAACAAGCAAUUCAAGCAGCGAUAGCCCUAACGCUAUUUAAGGCAGUGGGAAAUAACGACGAUGUCAUCAACAACAGGAGCUCGAGCUCGAGCUCGAACACGACAUAUACAGUGGCCAUCGCGCUCCAAUUUCUCAUCGCGAUGCUUGUACACGAUACAUGGCAAUAUUUUGUGCAUCGAUACAUGCACGUGAACAAGUUCUUGUACCGAAACUUCCACUCUUGGCACCACCGUCUCGUUGCUCCUUACGCCUAUGCCGCUCAGUAUAAUCACCCAAUCGACGGGAUUCUCACUGAAACCCUAGCUGGCGCCUUAGCGUUCUAUGUUUCGGGAAUGUCGGCAAAAACUUCAAUCUUUUUCUUUACGUUUGCUACUAUCAAAGGCAUAGAUGACCACUGUGGGAUUGUGCUCCCUUGGAACCCGCUUCAUGUUUUGUUUCACAAUAAUACAGCGUAUCAUGAGAUCCAUCAUCAGCUCGUUGGAAGCAAGUGUAAUUUUGCGCAGCCGUUUUUUGUGACGUGGGAUAAAAUUAUGGGGACUUACGUGGGUUAUAAGAUUGAGAGGAGGGAGGGUGGUGGAUAUGAAGCUCGGAUGGUGAAAGACGCUCGUGAGUGAUUUUACUUCUUCACAUUAUUGCUACUCUCAAAAUUAAUUAAGAUGUAAAUCCAUGAUUUUUUUUUUUCGUUUUUCUGUUUCUGUUUUUGUUUUGUUUUUUGUGAGUGGAUAGAAUGUUUAUUUGUUAUAUUUAAAGUUUGUGAAAGAAGCUGUGUGUAUGUGUCAUACUUUGAAUAAAUGAAU